AUGGGCCUUGCCAUCCCCAGCGCGCAAGCGGGGCCACGGGCACACGCACCGGCGGAGGCGCUCGUCCGGCUGCACGUGCUGGGCGUCGGGGCCCAGGAGCCGCGGGGGCGCGGGGGGGCAGCGGCCGAGCGCGCGGGGAGCAGCCCCGAGCCCGCCCCGGCUCCCCCAGGACGAGGGGCGGGGUGGAACGGCCGGCCCCGCCCAGCCCGCGUCGGGCCGCCCUGCUGUGAGGUGAUAAAGCGCCGCGCUCCGGGCGCCCGAGCGCAGUGGCCGCCGCCGACGGCCCGCUUUCGGCUGCUGCUCGGGCUGCGACGGGCGCCGAGCCCCGCUCCCCGCUCCCCGCUCCCCGCUCCCCGCGCCGCGUCCGCCGUCCCCCGACCCCCGACCCCCGAGCUCGGCGCGAAGCCCUGGCCCCGGCGGCCGGGGCAUGGGCCUGGGGCGCGGGGCCGUGAGCUGCAGCGGCUCAGCAUGAAGACCCUCAUAGCCGCCUACUCGGGGGUCCUGCGAGGCACUGGCUCCAGCAUCCUCUCCGCCCUCCAGGACCUCUUCUCCAUCACUUGGCUCAAUAGGUCCAAGGUGGAAAAGCAGCUGCAGGUCAUCUCGGUGCUACAAUGGGUCCUGUCCUUCCUUGUGCUUGGAGUGGCCUGCAGCGCCAUCCUCAUGUACACGUUCUGCACCGACUGUUGGCUCAUCGCGGUGCUCUACUUCACCUGGCUGGCGUUUGACUGGAACACGCCCAAGAAAGGUGGCAGGAGGUCACAGUGGGUGCGAAACUGGGCUGUGUGGCGCUACUUUCGAGACUACUUUCCCAUCCAGCUGGUGAAGACACACAACCUGCUGACCACCAGGAACUACAUCUUUGGAUACCACCCCCAUGGCAUCAUGGGCCUGGGUGCCUUCUGUAACUUCAGCACAGAAGCCACAGAAGUGAGCAAGAAGUUCCCUGGCAUACGACCCUACCUGGCCACGUUGGCCGGCAACUUCCGGAUGCCGGUGCUGAGAGAGUACCUGAUGUCUGGAGGCAUCUGCCCUGUGAACAGGGACACCAUAGACUACUUGCUUUCAAAGAAUGGGAGUGGCAAUGCCAUCAUCAUCGUAGUGGGGGGUGCAGCCGAGUCCCUGAGCUCCAUGCCUGGCAAGAACGCAGUCACCCUGCGCAAUCGCAAGGGCUUUGUAAAACUGGCCCUACGCCAUGGAGCUGACCUGGUUCCCACCUACUCCUUCGGGGAGAAUGAAGUGUACAAGCAAGUGAUCUUUGAGGAAGGCUCCUGGGGCCGAUGGGUCCAGAAGAAGUUCCAGAAGUACAUUGGCUUUGCCCCAUGCAUCUUCCAUGGCCGAGGCCUCUUCUCCUCUGACACUUGGGGGCUGGUGCCCUACUCCAAGCCCAUCACCACCGUGGUGGGUGAGCCUAUCACCAUCCCCAAGCUGGAGCACCCAACCCAGCAGGACAUAGACCUGUAUCACGCCAUGUACGUGGAGGCCCUGGUGAAGCUCUUCGACAAGCACAAGACCAAGUUUGGCCUCCCGGAGACGGAGGUUCUGGAGGUGAACUGAGCCUGCCAUUGAGGGCCAGCUCCUGGGAGGAACCAGCUACAAAUCGUUUUCUACCAAGUUCUUGAAUGCUUUUUUGUUCUGUAAAUUUGGAAGCGUCAUGGGUGUCUGUGGGUUAUUUAAAAGAAAUUAUAAUAAUUUUGUUAUUACAUUACAAAUGUUAGGUCUUUUUUUAAGAGGGAAAAAGUGAAUAUUUCAAACUCUUGCACUUCCCAUCUAUCCUGCUCUAGGUGGUGGCUAACACAUCUGAGCCUUUAUGGUUUCCCAACUAACCCUUCUGCUUCCUGUCCCAAAAUUACAGAGAAAACUCAGUCCUAGUUAACUGGGAAAAAAGGACUGCCAUUAGUGGCUCAGGCAGGUUAGAUUAUUUGCAGAAUUUUUCCCACUGCAGGAUAAGGCGCAGCUCUAUUCCAAACUACCUACCCCACACUUAACUGCAAGGCUGGCCCCUCAGCAAGGGGAAGAUUUGGAGGGCACAGUUGUCCCCAUUUUGAAGAGCAUCUGGAAUGCUCCAGCUUGAGUCCAGCCAUUCUUUUAAAUCUGAGGCUUCCAGAGCAAGAAUGGGGGUGGCAAUGAUCCUGUGCUGGCAUCUGUGCUGUCCCAGAUGCACCGUCUCCAGGAUUAUUCAGCCACCAUGUUCUGGUUGGAGUGAUUGGUCCUCCUCCACAGGGUGCUGAUAAUAUGGACCCAGAACAGACCCAGACUUGGCCUGAAUCACAUACUUUCCUGUGGCCUCCAUUUGUUUAACCCAUACUCCGAAGUGCAGGUGUGAGGAAAGGAUCCCUCUUCCUGUUCACAGAGGGGCCUGGUCUUCUGAGCAGCAGAUUGGUUUCAGGUCAGGAGUCCCCUGAACCCAAGCCUCACAUAUUUGUGCCUUUCUGAGAGAGUAGGGGCCAGGGAAGAAAUCCAGCCCCUCCUCUGUGUGUUCUGUUUUCUUUUGAUGAGAUUGUUGUACCAUGUCACACUUUUGUAUUUUACAAAAUGAAUAAAUAAAAACGAGAGUCCACUGUGA